AUUAUAAUAAACAAACAGUUACCGCUGAACCACUUUAUAACGAUACACGAUAUAAUAUACCUAUACAGGUGUUAUAUUCUCUUAUUUAUUAAUUGUUAUUACAUCGCGUACCGAUGUUACACGCGUGAACGAUGUAGUUUUUCGUGUGCAACGAACCGACACCUUUGGCACGCGAAUGUCACAUUCUGUUUGUCUACCUAUAGAAGAAAACUUCAAAGAUCCAAAUAAACAUGCCCCCCAGUCCUUGUAGUUCGCAAAACAAUCGGCUGCCGGAUAUAACUGAGAGUGCAGGGGACACGCUGGUUUACGAUCGCGAGAUAUUCAAUAUUGGAAGUUCUGACUUCAUCCUGAUAGACGAGGUGAGCGAAAACGAGGAGAAAAAUUUAAAAACUUAUUGCAAACAAAUAGCCGACAAGACUAAAUCGGCGUUCAAGCGCAAAAACAUACCCAAACGGUUGCCGUUUCUGCAAUGGUGGCCGACUUACGCGAUGGGAGACUGUAUCGGAGAUCUUCUAGCUGGCUUUACGGUCGGUCUAACGCUCAUACCACAAUCCAUGUCAUUCGCAGCUUUGGCCGGUCUACCACCUCAAUAUGGUUUAUAUGGUUCGUUCGUCGGCAGUUUGAUGUACGUCUUCCUCGGGACUUGCAAGGAAGUACCCAUGGGUCCGACGGCCCAUCGUGGCACUAAUGACGUACAACACGAUCAACGGACGCGGGCCAGUGUACGGAACGUUGCUGUGUUUCUUGACGGGAGUCAUCCAACUGAUCAUGGGAAUGGUGGGAUUAGGUUUUUUGAUCGAUUUCAUCUCUGGGCCGGUGAACGCGGGAUUCACGUCGGCCGUCGCCAUACUCAUCGUCGUCUCCCAACUGAAAGACAUAUUCGGCAUACGCGCCGUGGGGUCGACACUGCUUGACAUGGUUAUAUCCCUGUCCAAAGACAUCGGUAAUUUUCGAGUGGGUGACAUGGUACUAGGAUCGGUGUGUAUCGUUGUGAUUCUGUUGUUAAGAAUGUUAGCUCUGAUCCACAUGGGCCCUGAAAACGAUUGCGAACGGAAUAAAGUUCAACGAAUCAUCAACCGAACCAUGUGGUUGGUCGGCACUCUUAGAAACUCGAUCGUCAUAAUCGUCACCACGUUCAUUGGAUUCCUUUACGUGAAUUCGUCGGGCCACGACGUGACAUCUAAUGAAAUGCCACCGAUACCAUUUAAGGUGGUAGGUAAGUAACGGCCGCCACCAAAAUGUACAUU